UUCGGAGUGACUGCGGAGACAUUUUUGGGCUCCGCGGAGAUAAGACGUUCGACGCCUGUGCCUCAUGUCUGACCGUGAGCGGAGCUAUAUUACCCCCCCACCUGCGCUCGGUUGUUGGCUUGACUUCCAGAGGAGUUCUUUUGGCGCACCGGACCGGACGUCGCGCGCUCCAGGCGUCAGGCACAGGAAUCAACAAGUGUGCAAUUUGCAGGCAGAAGAAAGAUCCAGUGAAGUUUGAAAAAAAGUUUUGUUUGGACUAACAUUACUGAGGAAGGACUUUCUUUCGUUUGGGCCGUUGCAAAGUGAAAAGAACUUUUUUGCGCAUUUUUUAACGCACCAUGAAAGGAGCCGUGUUUUUCCAGAUGUGGAUGGUUUUAUUGCUGUGGACUGUCACUGGCGUAGGGAGGGCUCAGGUUUCUACCACCAAAGCCUUGAGAAGCAACAACAGGAGAGACGACUUGUACCGCAAAGAUGAAAACGUCACCGUGACCAUGAUGGGUGGAGCCAUCCACAGUCCACGCUACCCCAACGCCUACCCCCGCAACCUGCUGUUGUCAUGGAAACUGCUGUCGCCACCAGGCAGCCACAUACACCUGGAGUUUGAUGCACACUUUGGCCUGGAAGAAGCCGACAACGGCGUGUGCAGGUAUGACUUUGUUGAAGUGGAAGACCAAUCAGAGACCAGCACUAUAAUUUGGGGUCGCUGGUGUGGGCAGAAGGCACCACCUAGUCUCAACUCGAAAACCAACAUGCUCAGAGUCACCUUCAAGUCUGAUGACUACUUUGUUGCAAAGCCGGGAUUCACAGUCUACUACUCCCUGCUGUAUGACUCUCAGCCGCCUGCAUCCAAGAACAACUGGGAAGCUGUCACGAUGCCCAUGGCGGACGUGGGUGCAGGGAACAUACCCGUGGCGGUCACAGAGGAGGCUCCUUUCUCUCUUGAAGAUUUAGACAGAACAAUAGCUGCGUUCGACACUGUGGAGCAGCUUCUCAAAAACCUGAACCCAGAUACAUGGAGACAGGAUUUGGACAGCAUCUACACUCAAACACACAUUCUUUACAGAUCCAGGGCGUACCAUCUGGCAACAAGACAUAAUAAAGUGGAUCUGAACCGUCUCUACGACGACGUCAAGCGGUACAGCUGUACUCCUCGCAAUUACUCUUUGAACCUGCGCGAGGAGCUGCGGACGACCAACGCCGUCUUCUUCCCUCGGUGUCUGCUGGUCAAACGCUGCGGGGGCAACUGUGGCUGCGGAACUGAAAACUGGAACACUGGCUGCUCCUGUCAGGCCUCCAAAACAACACUUAAACUACACGAGGUGCUGAAGUACGCCCCGGAGCCCAGUCUGUAUCAGCGCCACAGACGGUCGCGGGUCCGCUGGGUCAUCGACGAAAUCUUCCUCACGCACCACGAAGCGUGCGAGUGUUCAUGCCCCUCCCAGCCGCCUCGCUGAGACGCAGCACCGCACCCGCUUGGAACUGUUCAAUAAGUUCUACUUUCAUCUGUUUUGCAGCAAAGACGGCAACAAUAUGCAGCUCCAGUCAUUCUCCAUGAUGUUUGUUCAUGUAAGCGACCGCUUACCCCCCCCCCCAGACCGAAGCUGUAAAUAUGAAAGUGAUUUCAGUUGAUGUUCUCGUCUGCUUAGAUCACAUCUGUUGUCUUUUUUCACCUUUGUGUUUUCACUAUAGCGAUGAACUCUCAGAUCAAAAGAACUGAACUCAACAGGAUUCAUGCAAACCGAGAGGUGCUCGCUCUCCGACACAGUGAAACCCCCCCAAUUCACAGAAUAACAGUUUGCAUGAGGCAGGCUUAAGGUGGAGCUCUUCUGUUUUCUCAGUCAGGCUCAAAAUUGAUUUUUUAAAGAGAUUCUUUUGAAAAAUUAGCUGAUUUUGAGAGAUAGACAGUCUUGUGCUCAACACCUCAAAGUGCAAUCAGCACACUGUUGUUGUAAGAUUGCCAAGUAUUCAUAGACUUUCUCAAAUGAAGGAAAUCAAUCAGAUAUAUCCAUGAUAAAAUACAGCCUUAAAACUACACCAAACAUUUAUCACCUAAAUAUUAAAACGCAUACACACAUUCUUAAAAAAAACAGCAAAAACCUCCUAAAGGUAUUUUAAACCCAACCUCGUUCACCUGAAAUUGAACCAACUGCAACUGCUGCGUAAACAAUAUUUUACUCACAUUUAAAAUGUGUACAUUUCCACUUCUUUUAGUUAAAAAGAAAAAAAAAACAGUUUCUAGAAACUUCAGGCAGCCCGUGCGCCGGGAGCGUGCUGAGAUGAGUGAGUGUAAGACAGAAGCAGGGAGUGUGAGGGGAUUGGAGGAAGUUUACACCACAAUAACGCUUUGUCUUGAUGUGAAAUUGGGGUAACUGCAACCCCCCGGAUCUGAACUGAACACUAACACACUCAAACACACAGGAUCACCCAAGGCUUCCUCAAGACCAAAACCAGAUAUUUGGAAGAGAGUUUAAGGGCUCUUUUGUUUUGAAUGAAUUCCUGUUGGGACGCGUUAUGUCCCCUCGUCCCCGUUGUCUGUAUUUCCUUCAGCACACCUCACUCUUUUUCUCUUACUGCUUUCUUCUCUCACACUCCUUCUUUCUCCCCUCAUCACUCGCUUCCUCAAACUUCAAAGGAGAUGUCAGAUCAGGCUGCUACGCUGUGCCCACUUUUCAGAGCAUUCCUGGCAUUCCAGCUGUGAAGCUGCAAACUGCCUACACGGAUAAAACCACCAUCCCCAGACCCCAAAUGCUUUAUGCAGGGAAAAAAGGACACAAACUCAG